AUGGAAAACGAGUCUUCGCUGAAGAAACCAGAGGGAGAUAGAGAGAAUUUUGAGUUUGGUUUUGCAUGGCAUGUUCUUCCAUUCCAUAUCUGGGAAACUAUUCUAUUAUUUCUUCCGAUUUCAAACUUGCUGAGGAUGAAAUCCGUUUGCAAAGCAUGGAGAUCCUUAAUCGAAUCCCAACCCUUUAUUGCAGCUUACCGACUGGUGAGUCACAACGAUCUCUACUUCGUUCUUUUUGCUGAUUUCGUCAAUCGAAACGUAGCUGCUGCUUAUAACCCAACAGAAGACAAAUGGGUUUUGAUUUCUCUGUCGCAUAUAUCAUCUUCUUGUCCCAGCACUUGCUGUAAGCUCCGCCGAGCCCUCAUCUCUGAUGGAAGCCUCGUUGUAGCGGAAGACCGAAAGGGUUCAAUUGUUGUAUCAAAUAUUUUCACCAGAGCUUACCGGGUUUUGCCCCCGAUGUUGCCUUCAAUUUGGCCUUAUGCUUUGGCAGUGAUUGAAGGGAAUUCGUCCUAUCAGGUUGUUUCCGUUAGUACAGCGGAUAGAGUGUUUUCGCAGGUUUACGAUUCAAGAACUGAGCGUUGGGAGGAGAAGGGUGAGUUUGAUGGGAGGUUUGCCAUGUUGGGUAAUGCUGCUUAUUUGGAUGGGUUCUUGUUUUGCUUGACUCAUUCCCCUGAUAAGCUUUUAGCCUUUGAGUUGGAGAGAGGUAGGUGGAAUCUUGUUGAUGUGGUGAUGCCUCCACUGGUCUGUUCUUAUAUCUUUGUGCAUCAAGGGGCGUUGACCUUGGUUGGGGGUGUUGAGGAGCUUGGAGUCCUAAAGAAGAUAGGGUUUUGGGAGUUGGACAGAUUGGCAAAGCAAUGGCAUCCUAUUUGUUUCAUGCCAGAUCAUUUAUUCUAUAAGUUUGGUAAUGGUAAUCUUAACCAUUUUACCACCGUGGAUCGAUGCGGCAAGAUUUGCUUUUGUAGGAGCAUGUCGUCUCUUGUUCUCAUGUAUGAUUUGUCAGAGAAUAGAUGGUGGUGGCUUCCUCCUUGUCCACUAGGGAGUUGCUUGAAGCAUGAAUGGUUUGGCCAGGCACUUGAACCUCGCAUUAAUGUGCUUGUGUGA